GGUCACGUGACGGGGGCGGGGCCGGGAAGCAGGAAGCAAACCGCUGUCGCAAGUCACAAGAAAGCUCUCCGUCAUGGCCUACCAGGCUGGGAUGCAAGAGGACCCUGGUGUUCUGGUUCACAGCAUAAGCUCCAACAUCCAGAAGCUGACACUGCUGACCUCGGAGCUGCAGAGGGCAGUCUCCCAGCUCGGAACGGAGCAUGACGGCGGCCGGCUGUCACAGACGCUGCAACAGAAGCAGCAGCAAGGCAACCAGCUGGCGAAGGAGACCGACAAACUAAUCAAAGCGUUCAGUGCACUUCCUGUUGGCCCCGAUCAGCGGCAGAGAAAGUUGCAGAAGGAGCGCCUGGUGAACGACUUCUCCGCCGCCCUGAACAGCUUCCAGAAGACCCAGCGGCAGGCGGCCGACAAGGAGAGAGAGUUCGUGGCCAGAGUCAGAGCGAGCUCCAGGGUGUCGGGAGGGCAGCCCGACGACAGCUUUGGAAAUGUGCCUGUUUUUCUUCAUGAAUCCCAGAUGCAGGCUCAGGCGGAGGCCAUCACUGAAGAAGACCUGAGGCUGAUCCAGGAGAGAGAGACGUCCAUCAGGCAGUUGGAGUCGGACAUCACGGAUAUCAAUGACAUCUUCAAGGACCUGGGGAUGAUGGUCCACGAGCAGGGAGACAUGAUAGACAGUAUAGAGGCCAACGUGGAGACUGCAGAUGUGCAUGUCCAGAACGCAACCCAGCAGCUGUCCCGUGCUGCAGCCUACCAGCGGAGCUCCCGGAAGAAGAUAUGCAUCCUGGUGAUGGUGUUGCUCAUAGUUGGUGUUGUUGUCGGACUCAUCAUCUGGGCUUCUGUCAAAACAUGAAGGGUUCUUCUUCCUCUCCUGGUUAGCCAUCAACCUGGACAAAGCAAGGAGCACCUAUCCCUCCUCCUCUUCCUCUCAUUUGGACUGUCUUGUCUUUCUUUCACUUGAUUAUAGUUUUGAGAUGUGGCCGUCCUUCAUUGACGGCGCCCCACGCUCCUUCACUGUACGGCUGAGGGCUUUGUGGUUAUCGUCAGCUUUAAUUUAAUUAUUCGCGUCUGAUUUUUGGUCGCGAUUUACUUCACAGGGAAAGCUUAAUUUAGUCCUCACCCGGGUUUCAGAGGAAGGUGUAAACGCAGGUGUGUUCUGCCCCGACUGUGGAAUAACACACGGCGCAACAGCUGCUUUCUUUCAUCAGGUCAGACAAGUCAAACCCACUCAAUGAACUGCAUUCAGCUCAUUGAGAUGCAUUUUCAUUCCUUUAUUUGACUAUAUGAUGAAUUUAAAUGAAUUGUUCAUUUCUAUACCAAUUCCCAUCCUGUACUAGUAGUCUAAUGAUGCAUCUAGAAGUGCCACGCAUACUAAAGCUCGUGAUUGGGACCACACAGUACACUCCACGGCCAUCAGUCAUUCCAAGUAAUCAGGAGAAGGUUUUGUUCUCACAUUUAAGUCGGCAGGGUGUUUCCUUUUUUCUUUUUUUUUUAAUUGUUCAGCUUGGAGAGAUUGAAUGGACGGUCCGAUAUGCAAUAUGAAUUGCAUAUCGGAGCGUCACGAAGUGCAACAUGGAAUAUAGUUCACUGUGUUUUUAUGGUUGGUUUUACCAACUUUUUCUUUUGAAGGCCAUUCACAGCACGCGGGUAUUUUCAACUGAGUAAUAGAAAAGUACUUUCUGUGACUGACAACCAACAGAAACCGUCUUCAUCUCUUUAUUCCUAAUAUGAAGGAACCAAAUAUGUAAGUGAAAGUAUAAAGUGAGCGCAAGCAAACACUAAUUGUUAUUAUUUGCUCCGGAACCCGUUUGACCUACAUGUGAACUUAUGAUCUCGUGUAUAUUUUUCAAUUCUGAGAUGACGCUGCUUACAGUGUGCGGAAUAAAUUGUGAGUGCGAACAUU